ACGGCGGCGAUGUUCCGGCUGCCGCGGGCCGCUACGGCGAGGCGCCCGCUGUAGCGGCGUCCGAAGGUCGGUGGCAAAACCCGCCCGGCGAGGGAUUCCGGCUCGGCGCGCCGCCCCCGGCGCCGUCCGGCAACCCCAACGGCCGGCGGGCGACGCCGGCCGCCGGGGACGGGGCGGCGGCGGGGGCGGCGUCGGCGAGGCCCGAGUGCGAGGAGUGCGGCAAGACCUUCCUGACGGCCAAGAUCCUCAAGGCGCACCGCGUGAUCCACGCCCCCGAGAAGGAGCACGUGUGCGACCUCUGCGGCAAGGCGUUCUCGCGCGUCGACAGCCUCCGCAAGCACCGCAUGCGCCACUCGGGCGAGCGGCCCUUCGUGUGCGGCGAGUGCGGCAGCGGCUUCCUGAGCCGCAGCGCGCUGCGCGUCCACGCGACGCUCCACUCGGGACGCCGGCCGUUCGCCUGCGCCGUGUGCGACAAGUCGUUCGCCCAGGCGUCCAACCUCAAGAUCCACGCGGCGACGCACAGCGCCGAGAAGCCGCACGUCUGCGCCCAGUGCGGCAAGGGCUUCGCGCAGAAGUCCUACCUCGUCACGCACCGGCGGACCCACACGGGCGAGCGUCCGUACGCGUGCGCCCAGUGCGGCAGGGGCUUCGUCGACGGCUCCAGCCUCAGGACGCACCAGCGGACCCACACGGGCGACCGGCCGUACGCGUGCGCCCAGUGCGGCAGGCGCUUCUCGGCCGUCUUCAACCUCCGGCGGCACGAGUCGUUCCACGGGGGCGAGCGCCCGCACGUGUGCGACCAGUGCGGCAAGGGCUUCUCCAUCUACUCCAACAUGAAGCGGCACCGGCGCUCGCACAGCGGCGAGAAGCCCUGCGUGUGCGCCGAGUGCGGCAAGGGCUUCUCGAGCAACCAGGACCUGAAGGUGCACACGAGGACGCACACCAACGAGCGGCCGCACGUCUGCCAGCAGUGCGGCAAGGGCUUCACGACGGCGUCGCAGCUCAAGAACCACCUGUUCGUCCACACGGGCCGCAAGCCCUACGCCUGCCGCUUCUGCGGCCGCGGAUUCGUGCGGAUCUCCCGGCUCAGGGUCCACGAGGAGACGCACGGCGACGGGGCGGCGGCCGCCGAGGGCCCGCGGCAAGCGGCGGACGCCGGCGACUACGCGGAGGGGAACUCGGAAUGA